ACAUAGAAGAGCCCCUCUCUACCCUCCCCUCCUGCGAUACUUUGCCUUCGAUUGCUAAUGCGAGAAGAGUUCAGCACUAUCUUCCCUCUGUGUACACACACACGAACAAGCGCUAUCCACUAGGCCAGGAGCGGAAGCGAGAGAAAAACUCACUUUGCAAGAAAAGCUCGCUUACGCCGGGAUUCGAACCCCUGACCUGACCUCUAGAAGGUUUCGAGCUCACGAACGACUGGCAAUCAUCGGCUGCUCCAAUACAUCACCCACUUUAGAUAGCUUCCCACCGCCGACGAAGCUAGCCGCGUGCGCUGGUCAAAGACGUGCUGCGGUUUUGACUCUUUGCCACUUUUUUGCUGCCCCACCAUCCACCACAAACAACCGUUGGAUUACCGUCGACCGCCCACCCCGGGGCCACAAUCCACCAAACAAGCCCCGGAGAGCAGCAGCAGCAGGUUCGGAGCGUGGUCCUUCAAUAUGCAAACCGGCAGCGAACGUCCUCGGAGGGAGGGCAGGAGAUCCCACAGCAGCAGCAGCGGGCACGAGGAGAGCGGCGGCCGAGGCUCCGGCGAGCGGACCGUCCGCAACCUCAUCAGCGGCGACAGCGCAAGAGACCCCACCGGCAAGAGCAGCAGCAACGCCGGCAGCCAUGGAAGGAUGUCCGGCGGCGGCGGAGACACCUUCGGAGGCGGCGGCCUGUUCAGCGGCCCGCUGGCCGCCGCCGCUGAAGACGGCGCGAGGGGCGGAGACGCCAACAACAUGAACCGGCCUGCUUUCCCGCGCCGGACGCCGCCGCCGUACGAUGCCGACGACGGGGACAGCAGCGCCGCGACAUAAGGUCCCCCUACCUAUGCGGCCACGGCGGCGGCGCCGGCUCCCCGUGCGUAUGAGGUGCCGCCGCCGCGGAA